AACGUGGAUCCUGUUCUGUGAUUACCGGCUAUUAAAGCCUAUUUGAAGUAUUUCAUCAUCAUGACUGAUAUAUCUGUGCUUCUAGCACAUGCCGAACAAGCGGAGGCAGAGAUCAAGAGACUUGAAGAGGAGGUAGCCACCCUCCAGAACCCCCAGAAACUAAUAGCUGAGGGGGUCGUGUCACCAGCAUUGGAGGCUCUGCAGAAUGAGAAUACCAAACUUAAGUAUCAGAUCAACAUGUUAAAGAGGAGCAUAACAGCUGAGAAGAGUAGGAAGCCAGACUACAUGGUCAGUAUCUGUACAAUCGUGGAGGACGUCUUUGGAAUGGCGAUUCGUAAGGCCUUCCCAAAUAUAGAUAACCCGCCGGUCAUGAUACAGGGAAGCUCCAAGUUUGCUGACUACCAGUGUAACAGUGCACUGAACUUAGCAAAGAUAUUGAAAGAAAAAGGACAAGGUUCCAGUCCCAGGGAUAUUGCAAACAAAAUAGUACAAAACCUUCCAGAAACAUCAUAUUUUGAAAAGGUUGAUGUUCAAGGACCUGGGUUUAUCAACAUCUUCCUCAACAAAAAUUUUGUGUCUGAGCAAGUGAGUGAGCUUUUGAACAAAGGAGUUAGGCCACCAAGGAUAGGGGUCAAGCGAAAGGCGAUUGUGGAUUUCUCUUCCCCAAAUAUUGCCAAAGAAAUGCAUGUGGGCCAUCUGAGGUCCACUAUUAUUGGUGAGAGUAUCUGUCGUCUGCUAGAAUGGGUCGGCCAUGAUGUCCUAAGGAUAAAUCAUGUGGGAGACUGGGGCACACAAUUUGGCAUGUUAAUUGCUCACCUGAAGGACAAAUUCCCAAACUACAGUACAGUAUCCCCACCAAUACAGGACCUUCAGGCAUUUUACAAGGAAUCCAAAACCAGGUUUGAUGAGGAUGAAGAAUUUAAAAAGAGAGCGUAUGAUGCAGUGGUGAAGUUACAGAGUUAUGAUAAGGAGCACAUCAAUGCGUGGAAACUUAUCUGUGACGUGUCACGGAAAGAGUUUCAGAAGAUUUACGAUCGCCUUGGUGUAACUCUGAUAGAAAGGGGAGAAUCCUUUUAUCAGGAGAUGAUGAAAGAUGUCGUCAAAUUACUUGAUCACAUGGGUAAACUGGAAUAUGAUGAAGGGAGACAAAUCAUGUAUGUACCAGGCUGUCCAGUCCCGAUGACAAUUGUCAAAUCCGAUGGAGGAUUUACAUACGACACGUCUGACAUGGCAGCCAUUAAACAACGUCUUCACGACGAGAAGGGAGACUGGCUGAUUUAUGUCGUGGAUGCAGGACAGGGAACCCACCUCCAGACGGUGUAUGCUGCAGCAGAACAUCUUGGCUGGUACAACAGCAAACUGACCAGGGUAGAACAUGUGGCCUUUGGGGUGGUCCUAGGAGAAGACAAAAAAAAGUUUAAAACUCGAUCUGGAGAUACAGUACGACUAGUGGACCUGUUGGAUGAAGGGAUAUACAGGGCAGAGCAGAAGCUCAUAGAAAAAGGCAGAGACAAGGAACUGACAAAGGAAGAGCUGGAGGCCGUUAAGAAAGCCGUGGCAUAUGGUUGUAUUAAGUAUGCUGAUUUAUCUCACAACAGAAACCACGACUACGUCUUCUCAUUUGAUAAGAUGCUGGAUGAUCGAGGAAACACAGCUGCAUAUUUAUUGUAUGCCUACACCAGAAUCAGGUCAAUAGCAAGGAAUUCUAAUGUAUCUCAGGCAGACUUGCAAAAGGCAGCCAACAGUACAAAAAUAGUUCUUGAUCAUCCAAAGGAGUGUGAACUGGCAAAAUGUAUCUUGAGGUUACCAGAGGUCAUUUCCCGUUGCCUUGAUGACCUACUCCUACACACACUGUGUGAAUAUUUGUAUGAACUGGCAAACACUUUUACUGAAUUUUAUGACAAUUGUUACUGCAUUGAGAAAGACAAAGCAACUGGCGCAAUCGUGAAAGUGAACAUGAGUCGUCUUCUUCUGUGCGAGGCAACAGCUAAUGUCAUUGCAGCGGGAUUCCACAUUCUGGCAAUUAAUCCAGUAGAGAAAAUGUGACCAAAAACUGACAUAUUACAACACUGUAUCAGAUAAUUGUACAAAUGACAUUAAAUGAAAAUUAA